UAUUCUUCCUUUAAAGGUGUUUGGUGUUUUUCGUGUUUGAUGCUUUGAUUUAAUAUUUGGGGAGUCAGCCUGUUUAAGAGUCACCAACCCUUCAUACCAUUUGCGAUCUGUCAGAAGGUGGUGUGGCAGGGUGUCACUGAAGGGAGGCGCAUCUGAAAAAGGCGCGACAAUUGAAAUUCCAGUUUCUGGGAUGUUCUUUCGCUGCCGUGAGAGAACAACAAUACAGACGCACAAGAUUUUGGAGUCGCGUCUCGCUCGACAGUCUACAAGAAUCCCGAAAGUUUUUGAUUGCAGCGAAGUUGAUGCGAAGUGAAAACAUGUCAAAGAAGGGGUCUAAGAUUCAGCCUCGAAAAAGUGGACCAAUGGACAAAUAUGUCAAGCCCUGUGGUAAACCAGAAACCUCACCGGGAUGUGCCAGUCCUCUAACCCAGCGUCCACUGUCAACACCUAAACAGGAUGAGGAGCUACAUGCAACCCAUUCCUUUGAGUGGAUGGGAAGUGACAAGAACCCCACAAACUUGACCUGCGGUAAGACAGGAACUAUCGAGGACUCACUGAAGAAGAGUGCACAGUUCAGAGUUCUUGCAAAAAAGAAUACAAACAGGGAACUUGUCAUUGUACGUGAUGGGAGAGCUAUCAGUUCACACUUCCCAUGCAGCUUCAUUAAGAAUGAACGUCUUACUGUCAAGUACAUAAAAGCGGCAGACAAGCACUCGCAAUUACCUAGAAAUCGAGCUUCUGCUAUUCGCCAAGGACAGGUUCCCCUGACAAGCUUGUGGUGUUUCAUGUGGUGACAAAAGGAGGGGAAAAAGUAGCACGUAUCAUGAAAAACAAAGAACUUAAAAUAAAGUUUGAGGAAAUUACCGUUUAUGGUUUGAAAGGAGAGAAAGUGAAAGAGGCACUGAAAAGAGAUGGACGCUUACUGAAAAAAGCGUUCCAAACAAACUGUGCGCUCAUUGAUAAAAACACUGAAGUAAGAACUGAAAUGCACAACUUAGUUGAUGAUCUUGAUGGUAAAACUGUCAAGAUCAAAAUGAUCAGUAAGUGUACUCAACCAGAAAGUCAACCUGAAAGCCUUGAAGAUGCAGAUGUGCUUCAGAGCGAAUCUCAGAAAUCUGACUCCGAGAUCCAAGUUGAAAACCAAGAUCCUCAGCAGCAGUCUACCACAAACCAGUCAGUGACUGACAACAUAAGUAAGGGAAAUUCAAAGCAAAAUGGCAUUCGACAGACAGAAAAAAUACCCAAUUUGGAAAAUCUAAAGAGUCACCUAUCUUUCCAGGUAAAACAACGGGUGAAAGGGAUGAAAACUGGACUUUCAAAGCGUUCUAAUAUCCAGAAUCUCUUUCGUGUAGAGUACGGAAAGAGUGCUGAGACAUGCAGAGAGGUGAAAACAAUGAAGAAGCUGAUGGCUCUCAGUGAUUCUGUUUGUGCUGUGAGGAUAAAUGGGAAACCUAGCGGAAGUGGCUUUCUCCUGUUUGACAAGUUUGUCCUCACAAAUGGCCACGUAAUUAAAAACAUUUAUAAUGAGAGCACAAAGCAGUUAUCUGAGUCGAUGACUGUCCAUUUCUCUUUUGAGAGUCUGGACCAAUGGGAUUCAGGAGCAAAGGUGGAGGAGGUUACAGCCUGGGAGUACUAUUGUGACAACUCGGGCCACAUGAAUGACUGGGCUUUGUUGAGGAUCAGUUCUGAUCAAAAACUACCGCGGUGUCUCUUAAAACACUUUGGGUUCCUCCCCAGUGGUGGAGGAAUUUGCAUCAUUGGGCACCCCAAUGAUGGUGUAAAGAAGAUCGACCCAUGCUGGAUUAUUCCCACUGAUAACCGCAAACAAGUUGUACAGAACCAUUGCAAUAGAAACCUGGAUGGUGUUCUGCCAGACAGCAAGCAGUACUUUAAAGACCAGGAGUACAUUAAUUUUAUAACUAAUAAUUUUUUUGAAAGUGUGUCACAAUCUGUUAAUGGUUUGAAACAGGUUCUCACUUACAAGUCUUGCUUUUAUUUCGGCUCAUCUGGCUCUCCGGUCUUUGACGAGCACUGCAAUGUUGUUGCAAUGCAUUCAGCAGGAUAUGAAUACAGAAACGGAAGGGGUGAAAGAAGCAGUGUCAUAGAGUUUGGCUAUCCUUUGUCCCUCAUCCUAGAACACAUCAUCAUCCAGAUGGUGGAAAAUGCAAGAUUUGAUGUGCUAAAGAAAUACCUGGCUUGCAAUUAUUCACAACACCAAAACAUGAUGAGCAAUUUGAAGAAAUUGGUCGAAAGCAGAAAUCUCACAUCAUUUCAAAAGGCAUUCAACAACUUGGUUCACACAAAUGAGGAACGUUUGAAGAUGUUUUUUGGACUCUUACUUCAGAGAGAGGAACCUGUCCCUAUGGACACACUCUGAGUACAAACUGUACACAGAUAAGUGUAGUUAGCAACAGUAUCCGACAUGUCUUUUUUCAUGGUCCAGGAUACUAGUUUUAUCAAACAGGGCAGGUAAUGGUGGGGAUAUCUAAAGCUAAACUUGGUGUAUUCAUUGAAGCAUCACUUUCAGUAAAAAUGUGUUGCAUUAUUUUCAUGAUCUCUGCAUUCUCCUUUUUGUUAAAGCUUUCUGUAAAUGUACACUUACUUAUUUAUGUGCUGUUUCAAAACAAAUAUGACUGCAUUGGUUGGAGGUCUGGCCUAAUAAAUGAAACAGAUAACAUAAUUAGUUGAUGUUAUCAUAUUCAUUAAAUCAUGUUCAGGGUUAAGCUUUCAGAUUUGUCAGAAAUCUUUGUGCAUAAAUACAAAAGAUAAAACUGAUUUUACUCAGGUUACAAGACUGGCUCUAUAUAUUUUUUAUGUCUAUUAUUCUUUGAUAAUAAUGGAUCAGAAAUGUUGUUUCAUUUAUGUAUUAUUUUCAGCAGUAUUCGCGGUUGUGAUUAUUGCUUAUUUGUAUGUACAUUACAAAAGGAUUGACUACAAAUGAUUUUGCCAUAUUCUAUUAAACUGUCAUUGUAUUGAAAUUCAUAAUGGAAAAUGUCUCAUGUAGGCCUAAUAAUAUGACGUCUUUCGUAGCCUUCAUGGAUCUUGUUUGUGUUUUUAGGUAAUAAUCGCAUAAACUAUGAAUGUCUCAUAUUUUGUUAUUUCAGUUGUUUGUUUUUGCUUUAUUUCCUUUGUUAACUGUUUUGCACCAAGACAAAUUCUUUG